AGCGAAACGUGGACAAGUUCGCGAAAAUUUUCUUUUCAUAGUGAAGUGUUAAGUGCCGAAUUCCAAUUGUGAAAUAUGCUAAAAAUAAGCCAAAGUGCGUCUAACAAAACAGUUUACAAUUUAAAGAAACAUUUUCUGAACUCACCAGACGCCAACAAGUCGCAUUCCAUAACAGUGCACAUUUACGGUGGAAUAGCUGAAAUGAGAUGCAUGUGGAAAUCUUAGUUUAAGAACGGCGAAUAAGGAGCGAUUAAAAUUAAUCCAAUUCUUCUAAGCAAAUCUGCAAAUCUGUGAGUGGUGAUUACAAAAUUUCAAAAGGAUGGAGAGACAAUUUUCUUACAAUUAAAAAAAAAACUUCUGCUUCGCACAUCUGCUUUGAAUGUGAUAGGAGAACAACGGAUCAUUAAAGGUCGAGGAGACCCACUGCUGUUAUGCUAAAAGGAUAUUAAACAAUUUUCGAAAUUUUUCGUAAAAAGUGAGUGGGUACCAGAGGAUCCCUAACGAAACGGCUAAGUAAAGUCUAUGGAAUCUCUAAAGGAACAGAAGAAACACAAACUAUAUCGUAUCUUAAAAUAAAUUAACUUAUUAGGCGCUAAACUGCUUUCAAAGUUAGUGGAGACCAGCGGAAUUCUAAACGACGAGGAGAUACCAAUUGCAUCCUGUAAGGAGAGCGGCUCAUCUCUAGAGAACAAGGCGACACACCGAUUAUAUGAUAGGAAACGAAAGUGAUUGGAAACCAGAGAAACUCUAAACGACCGAGCGAUUUGCAUAAUCAGCCUUUUGUCAUCUAUAUAUGUACAUAUACUCCAAGAGAAUGUCCAUUGGGCACCAUUUUCGCGGAAUAGACAAUUAUUUUAAACAACGCAUGCAUACAAGGAUAAAAAACCCGUUAAAUGUAAAAUAUGCAUGGGCACAUUACGUUGCAGUUCGUAGUAAAAUAGCUGAGAAUGUCAAGGAUAAUUGCGCAAAAGGGUGACUAAGCGCCAGGUGGAAGCCACCAAAGAGCUAACCCGCCCAACAGUCAUUCAGCUAACCAACUAACCACUAAAGUCCAAGUAAAUUCAACAAAAGUUGUCGUUGGCUUGCCAUCAGUGUUGUCCACCAUCACUGCCUGCGCCCAUCCAUCGAAUGCAACUCGUAAAAUCUGGCAAAUGCCAUUUUUUAAUUGAAUUUUCAUUACAUUUCCGUUUGGCCGGGCGCAACAUGCCACAAGCCAGAGGAACGGUCGACGAGGCAACAACGCGACGUCGACAGCUCCACAAAAGCUACCGAAACAAUUUAAUAUACGAAUCAAAAUCGGAAUCGGAAUCAGAAACGAAAUCAUAGCCAGGAGCCGGGCAUUUUCUGGUCAUCAAGUUAUCACCGGCCAUGGCUUUAUAUUUGUACAGCUUGUUUUGGAUAUGCGCGCUGUGAACCCAAGAGAAAGUCUACCACCCACCUACCUAAUAGAACCCAAUUAAUAAUCGUGCCAGUGUAUGCGGAAGUAUGGUUCUGCUACACUUUUUGGCGCGUAAACUCAGCUCAGUGGCUUCCAACCUCACACGUUAUACCACGUACUUGCAGCAUAUUGGGAUACUUGGAAUACAAUCUUGUCUGAUUGAAAUAUAUUUUUGACCAACACAAUCUUUCGGAUAAUUUUAAAAGAGGAAAUGAGGAAUGUGCACAUGUGCCCAGAUACGCUGCCUCGCAUUGCGCCGCACAGCGCAUUCAGUUUAGUUCAGUUCAGCCGCGAAGCGAGUAAAGACGUGUUUUCUCCUCAAACCAAGCCAAGUGGAAAUCAAAUCGCAGUUUGAGUUUGCGACACGUUUUAAGUGCUUCGUGUGUUCUUUCUACGCGACUUGAGAGUUUUGAGAAUUGUUUGUGUUUUUAAAUAAGUUGCGCGAGCUUUAUGAAAAAUGCGAAAAAAUCGAAAAACAAACUAAACAGAAAUAACAAAAAUAAAGAAAUAAAGAAAAUUAAAACAAACUGAUGCAAUUCCAUGCGAUAAGUGUACAAAAAUAAAUACUAAACAAAGAUCAUACGAUACGACAAAUGAAUAUAAAUAAACAAAACAAAGAAUUUAAAUACUUUGAGUGUUUGUGCUGCAAAACAUUUCUGAAGUUUAACAACCUAAAAUGCUGCAAUUUUUAAUGUUCAAAAUAUUGCACAAGAAAUACAAAAUCAAUUGAGUGCACGCCCUGAAAAGUGCCACUGAGAGACAGCAGAACAAUACGAAAAGCCAAGUCAGAGCAGGACAAAAGUCCCAAAUUGAAAAUCCAAAUCAAACGCCGAAGCACCGCACAACAAAUUUACGAACUUAGCCAGCCCAUACACAAAUAUUCACACACACACACACACACCCAUCCACACAUUCACACACUCACACAAUGGCCGUGCCCUUUUAUCUGCCCGAGGGCGGCACCGAUGACAUUGCCUCGAGCUCAUCGGGCACCUCGGGCGUCUCCUCCUCCUCCUCGUCCUCAUCCUCGUCGUCGGCAUCCUCCUCGUCAGGCGCAUCCUCAUCGUCGGGCGUCUCCUCCUCGUCGGGCGCAUCGGAUGGCGCCAGCAGCGUCGCCUCACAGUCACCAAACACAACCACCUCGGCCACGCAGACGCCGAUGCAGUCGCCGCUGCCAAUGCAAACGGACCAGGUGCUAAUCGCCCUCUGCGAAUGGUAUCAGCAACAUCAGCGACAUUACAUCGGUCAGGCGAAUACCUCGGCGCCGCAAAUCUUUCAGUAUCCGCCACCGCCCAGCCCCUCGUGCUCGAGUGCCCAGUCGCCCAGCUAUACGGGCGGGGAUGUGUUCUUUGCCCAUGGCAUUCAUGUGCCGCCGCGCACGCCUCGCACUAGCAUCAGCUUUGCCGCCGGGGAGGAGCUGAACUUCUUCCGGCAGCCAUAUCCGGCGCCGACAACGCCACAGCCAAUGCCACCGCAACCGCCGGCGCCGCAGUCGGCGCCACCGAUGCACUACAGCCACAGCUACCCGCAGGCAUCACACUUGCUGCAACAUCAUCCGGCCUCCUACGGGCACCCGCUGCCGGUUGGCGCCUACUAUGCCACCUAUACGCCGCCACCCACGCCGAACACUGCGAAUGCCUCCACCUCGACCUCGGUGGCCGCAUCGACUGCGUCUUUUGGCCGGCACGGUUAUGGCCCGGCCAUGGCAUCGACACCAUUGGCGCCAACCGGUCCCAAGAUGCGUCUGCAGCGCAGCCAAUCGGAUGCAGCCAGACGCAAGAGGCUGACCUCGACAGGCGAGGAUGAGCGCGAGUAUCAGAGCGAUCAUGAGACCAGCUGGGAUGAGUUUGACGAUCGCUAUGACAAUUUUACGGCCGGACGCGAACGGCUGCAGGAGUUCAGCGGACGCAUACCGCCGCGCAAGAAGAAGACCAGCAAUCCGGGCAGCACCAACAAUACGCAUCUCUGCGGCGGCAGCGGCGACAAUGCCAACGAGAACAGCUACAGCCCACAGCGCGAGCGAACGGCCAAGGAGAAGAAACAGCAAAGCUUCACUUGGCCAACAGUUGUCACCGUUUUUGUGCUUGCCAUGGGCUGUGGCUUCUUUGCAGCGCGAUGAGUGCCAAACGGCAACAGCAACAAGAAGAAUAAGAACCAUAAAUAACCAUUUAUACUUAAUCCUUAGCGAAAUCAGCUAAAAUAUUUUAUUCCCGUAUGCAUAUAUAAAUACAGUGAAGAACUUGCUGAUCUAGAGGAAAACGAAUCUUGAAUGUGUAUAAAGUUAAGGAGGUUGACGGGACACAAGAACAAUAUAAAUGUAUAUGUAUUUGUAUUCGUAUUCAUAUAUUCAUAUUUCUCUCUCAAAUGAUAAACUAUCCUUUAAGAAAACAAAACAAGCAACAACAAUUCAAACUGCUCAAUUGUAAUUUGUAGACUGGCUAAAGACUAAAAACGACAAAUGAUGAACGAUAAAUAUUUUUGCUAACAUAAAUAUACGAGUAAAAAUAUUAAACACAUAUUUUUUGGUAACGCUUUUUCGACAAAACAAAAAAAAAAAAACUUGAGCAUAUUUUUGUAAACUCUAUAAGAAAAUGUCACAUACUAUAUAUAUAUUAUAUAUUAAAUCUAUAUGUAAAAUUCAAGUAAAACUGUAAACUGCCA